UUCAACCAGAAACCCGAAUUUCUAAACUUUAACUACUCCUUUUCAAACGAUCCCAUCACAAUGGCCCGCACCAAGCAAACAGCCCGAAAGUCCACGGGUGGGAAGGCACCACGAAAGCAGCUAGCAACCAAAGCAGCCCGAAAAUCUGCCCCGGCAACUGGUGGAGUUAAGAAGCCGCACAGGUUCCGACCCGGAACAGUUGCUCUCCGUGAGAUCCGAAAGUACCAAAAGAGCACGGAGCUCCUCAUCAGAAAGCUUCCCUUCCAGCGCUUGGUUCGCGAGAUCGCACAAGACUUUAAAACGGAUCUCAGAUUCCAGAGCUCUGCCGUCGCGGCUCUUCAAGAGGCGGCGGAGGCGUAUCUGGUUGGACUUUUUGAGGAUACAAAUUUGUGUGCCAUUCAUGCUAAGAGAGUAACUAUUAUGCCAAAGGAUAUUCAACUCGCAAGAAGAAUCAGAGGCGAGCGUGCCUAAGAGUAGUAAAUUUGUACUUUUGUUAGCGAUUAUCAUCUCUAUUAAGUGAUGGCUUGUUGGCUUGUUCUGAUGUGAAUGGAAACCUGAAGAUUUUGUUCUA